UAAAGAAGCAAUGAGGCCUAGUGUGGUGUUUCUAAAGCUUAACCAGUUGCUCUCUCUCAUUCAUUCUUUCUCUCAUCAUUGAGAACUUUGAGAAGUAGCUUUGAGUUGGUUGGAGGUUCCUCUGAUAUCAGAAGAGGAGGUAGGUUUUUGUGUUAAGCCAAAACAGAAAACGGUGGGGUGUUGGUGGUGGAGUUUGGAGAGAAAGAGAAAGAGAAGAGAAUAAGGGAAGAAGAAGUGUGGUUCUGAAGAAAAAAGGUUUUGAAACAAAGGGGGUGGUGUGGGGGGUGGGGUUUUAUUCAAGUGAUGCGCUCAGGAGCUUGUACAUUGCAACAGACCCUCACAGCGGAGGCUGCUUCAGUGUUGAAGCACUCUCUUGGGUUGGCACGCAGAAGGGGCCAUGCACAGGUCACCCCUCUGCAUGUGGCUGCAACUUUGCUGAGCCUAAGAGCCAGUUCCUUGAGAAGGGCUUGUCUCAAAUCUCAGCCACACCAAACAUCACACCCUCUUCAGUGCAGAGCCCUUGAGCUUUGCUUCAAUGUCGCCCUCAACAGGCUCCCAACAACACCUGGUCCUUUGCUCCAUACACAGCCUUCUCUCUCCAAUGCUCUCAUCGCUGCACUCAAGAGAGCUCAGGCUCACCAGAGAAGAGGCUGCAUUGAGCAGCAGCAGCAGCAGCCACUUCUCACCAUCAAGGUCGAGCUUGAACAGCUCAUCAUAUCUAUCCUUGAUGACCCUAGCGUUAGCAGGGUCAUGAGAGAGGCUGGUUUCUCCAGCACUGCUGUUAAGACCAACAUAGAGGACACCUCUUCAACACCUUCUGUUUUCCAGUGUUACAACACUUCUGGUGGUGUUUUCUCUUCUCCUUGUUCUCCUGCUCCCAGUGAGAACAACACACCAAGUGCCUUCAGGCAGAACCAUUUCCUGGCUGCUUACACUUCUUCUGAGUUCACUUCUCCUUUUCUGUUCUCUCCACAGAAGAAGGCCUCGGUGUUUCCCAUCACCGAGUCACCACCACCACCUUCUUCCAAGGAGGAUAUCAAGGUGGUUCUUGAUGUCCUCCUGAGAAAGAAGAAGAGGAACACUGUGAUAGUUGGUGACUCGGUGGCACUCACCGAAGGCCUUGUGGGGGAGCUGAUGGGAAAGCUGGAAAGAGGAGAUGUCCCUGAUGAGUUGAAGUCAACACAUUUCAUCAAGUUUCAGCUUGCACCGGUUUCUCUGAGGUUCAUGAAAAGGGAAGAAGUGGAGAUGAGUCUCUCGGCACUGAAGAGGAAGGUGGAUUCUGUUGCAUCAGGUGGAGGAGCCAUUUUCUAUGUUGGAGACCUCAAGUGGACUGUGGAAGCAGCAACUUCCGGUGAAAAGGAUGAAGGAGAAGUGUGUGGCUAUAACCCUGUUGAUCAUCUACUUGCUGAAAUAGGGAAGUUGUUUUGUGAUUCCAGCACCAAGGUGUGGCUUGUGGCCACAGCAAGUUAUCAAACAUACAUGAGGUGCCAAAUGAGGCAACCCCCUCUUGAGACUCAGUGGGCUCUUCAAGCUGUUCCUGUUCCAUCAGGUGGACUUGGCUUGAGUCUCCAUGCUUCCAGUGUUCACGAUUCAAAGAUGACAAUCUCCCAGAAUCCAUCUCAUAUGCUGGAAACAAAGCUCUUCGGUAACAGCAAGGAGGAGCAGGAUAAACUCAACUGCUGUGAAGAAUGUGCCUCCAAUUAUGAAAAAGAAGCUCAGUUGUUCAAACCUGGCCAGAAGAAACUGUUGCCUUCAUGGCUUCAGUCUCAUACCACUGAAGUCCAUCAAAAGGAUGAGUUGCUUCAGUUGAAAAGAAAAUGGAACAGACUAUGCCACUGUCUGCACCAGAGCAAACAAUCUGAUAACCAUUGGAGCAACACUUUACACGGCAAUCAGAGUUCAAAUGCGAAGAUCUACCCUUACAAUUCAUCAUAUCCCUGGUGGCCAAACCAGGGCAGUGUCUUCGCAGAUUCAAGUUCAAUAUCUUUUGCUGAUUCACCAGCCAAACCGGCUUAUAGCUCCAACAUUGUCCCUCGGUUUAGGCGCCAACAAUCAUGCACCAUCGAGUUCAAUUUCAGUGAUGUGACUCAGAGAAAGCCAUCCACAGCCUUGGAUUCUCUCAAGAGCAUGGAAGGUAAUAGUAACGAAGUAAAGACUACUCUUGCUCUUGGAAAUUCAACAUUCGGUGGUUCGGGGCAAACGGUGGAAAAUAUCAUAACUACUGAUAGAACACUGCGACGAGCUCAUAUUUGUAAACUGUUGCAGGAGAAUGUGCCAUGGCAAUCUGAGACAGUUCCUUCCAUAGCCGAGGCAUUGGUUGAUUCCAAAUCUGCAAAGCAAAGUGCUACCACUUGGUUGUUGUUGCAAGGAACUGACUCUGUUGGGAAAACAAGGUUGGCACGUGCCAUUGCAGAAUCGGUGUUCGGCUCAGUCGAUGCGCUCCUCCACUUGGACAUGCUGAAAAAUUCAGCAACCCCAUUUGCUGAAAGGGUGGCUGAAGCAUUGAAAAGCCAGGAGAAGCUUGUGAUUCUGAUAGAAAGUUUGGAUUUUGCGGAUGCCCAGUUCAGGAAGUUUCUUGCAGACGGGUUUGAAACUGGAAACUUUGGAAGUUUGAGUAGGAGUGAGGAGAGUUCAGGGCGUGCAAUAUUCAUAUUGACCAAUGGUGACAACAGGGGCAAUGAAGAGCAUAGCAAUAAGGAGUCAGUGAUGAAGUUGGUGCUGCAGAUAAGUGAAACAAAGCCUGGUUUGGAGUGUUCAUCACCUUGUUUGGGUGAGAAGAGAAGGGGUGAAGUGCUGGAUUUGUUUUCCAAGGUUAAGAACAGGAAAGUGUUUUGUCGGCAUUCAAGCUUCAACAAUCUUGACCUGAACAUGAAAGCUGAUGAUGAAGAGGAUGAGAAAACUGGUGGAAGCAGUCCAAUUUCAAGUGAUUUGACAAGGGAAACUGUGAGCUGGAAUGGGGUUCUUGAGUCAAUUGAGAACAGGUUUGAGUUGAAUGAAAGUGCAGAGAGGGAGAGGGAGGUGGGAGAGAUGUUAGUGUCAAAGAUGAAAGAGUGGUUUGAAGAGGUUUAUGGAAAGAAAGAAAGUGUGGUGAAAUUUACUGUAGAGGAGAGGGUGAUAGAAGAAAUUGGUGUGGGGUGUGGAAAUUUUACUAACAGCAUGUUUGAGAAAUGGCUGAAAGACAUUUUUCAAAGCAGUUUAGAGACAGUUAACUUUGGUGGGGUGGAAGGGGGUAUAGGUUUUACACUUUGUUGGGGUGAUAAUGGUAAUGGUAAUGGUAAUGGUAAAGGUGAUAGCAAAUGGGAUAGUGGAUUCAUGGGUUCAUGUUUGCCCAAGAAUCUCAAAGUUAACUACUUCAUGGAUUAACAGACUUUGGAUAGUUGGGGGGUUUGUAAAAUGCAACUCAUAGCCUUUGUGUAACCGCUAAUUUUCAUUAUAGAAUGUGUUUGUUUUUUCUUCUGUUUUCAAACACUUUUGUUCC